CUCUAAUUCUACCACCACCGUCACCGAUCACGAAAUGCCUCUACAUCAUUUCAUAUUUUCCUUCCUAACACUCGCAUUCUGCGCCACUUCUUCAGUGGCUGCCGCCGCCGCCGCCGCCGCCGCUUCAAAGGAGCAAACUUUAAACACCCAAGAUGCUGAAUUCUUUAACCCAAAGCUUCCCCCACGAACCCUUUCAUCCUCCAAAAGGUUCGAAGGCUCGUCGAAUCUUGUCGACCUUCGUUACCAUAUGGGUCCGGUCCUUUCUUCUUCGCCGAUAAACAUUUACCUCAUUUGGUACGGUCGUUGGUCCCUUUCCCAAAAACUCCUCAUCAAAGACUUUAUCACCUCUAUAUCCCCUUCCGCCACUCCUUCGCCGUCCCCUUCCGUUUCCGAGUGGUGGAAAACCGUUUCUCUUUACACCGACCAGACCGGAGCCAACGUUUCCCGGACUCUCGUCGUAGCUAAAGAACACUCCGAUGCACGUUACUCCCACGGAUAUCAUCUCACGCGCCUUUCUGUUCAACAAGUCAUCGCCACUGCCGUCAAAGCUGCCCCGUUCCCCGUCGACCACCGCAACGGAAUCUACUUAAUCCUCACCUCCCACGACGUUACCGUUCAAGACUUCUGUCGUGCAGUUUGCGGGUUCCAUUACUUCACGUUCCCAUCCAUGGUGGGUUACACUAUGCCCUACGCUUGGAUCGGGAACUCCGGGAAACAAUGCCCCGAGGUUUGCGCUUACCCUUUCGCCGUCCCUGGCUACAUGGGCGGCGGUGGUCCGGGGGCGUUGCUACCGCCGAACGGAGACGUCGGAUUGGACGGGAUGAUCAGUGUGAUAGCCCACGAGUUGGCCGAACUGACGACGAAUCCGCUGGUGAACGCGUGGUAUGCAGGGGAGGACCCCACUGCACCGACUGAGAUAGGGGAUCUAUGUGAAGGGUUGUACGGUACCGGCGGCGGUGGAGGGUAUAUCGGUCAAGUAAUUAGAGAUAGGAAAGGGAGGACAUAUAACAUGAAUGGCAAUAAAGGAAGGAAAUUUCUGGUGCAGUGGAUAUGGAGCCCCGCAGUGAAAGCUUGUGCUGGUCCAAAUGCUUUGGACUAAUUUUUAAUUUUUUUAUUUUUUGAAAUCAGAUUCUUUUCUUUGGAAUCUUGAUUAUUUUUAUUUAAAUUUUUAUGGCCUAUUUAGGGGAACAUAGUUAUGUAUAAGUAGAUUUUCCUUUUUUCUUUUUAUAAUAUUUAUUAUCUUCAAUA